AUGUAUCUCUGCAAACGUGUCCGGGAAUUAUUUGUCAUAUUUCUCGUCAUUGAAUCGUCACUGUGUGACGUGAACGAACCGCGAUGUUACAGUUGGUUUGACUACGAGGAGAAAAUGUUAGGAAAAAUAGUGAAAACAGAUAGCAAGAUGGAGGAAAUUCUCGAGAGCAAGCUUCAAGCCCCCGUUGCCUUCUUUGCCAGAGUUUCAUCAGCCUUUACCUCAUCCAUCAGCCAGACGCUGGUGUUCGAGGACGUGUUCACAGACGUUGGCGGCGGUUGCAACCCGGGGACAGGCGUGUUUAACGCCCCGGUCGAUAGUCUCUACGUGUUUUCCAUCACUGUUAUGGUGCAAAUGUCCUCGUCGGCGGCAACAGCUCUAUUUGUUUUAAAGAAGAACGACGAUGCUGUAAUGUGGCUUUAUGUAAACGAAAAUGAUAUUGUUACCGAGGCGGCUUCGGGAACUGGCCUACUCCCCCUGAAGGUUGGAGACACAGUUCGUGUUACAAGUGACCCUAGUGGAGGGCAUAUCUAUGGUUCAUAUACGUUCUUCUCCGGUUUUAAGUUGUAG